UUUUGAUCAAAUCGUGUUGUAGCAGCUCUAUAAUAUUCUGUUUAUAAGUAUGACUGUAUUUCCGAAGCCCGAAGCGAGAGUCGAUAACGGUCGCCGGUUAGAGCGAGAUAUACGCUCCAGGUAUAGUGCGUUAGACAAGGACAGAGGAACAAAUGCGGGCGCGUUGGGGCGCGGCACUAAAUGCGGGGAUCAUUUUCCUCAGUCUGUUUGGCAAUUUCGAGCGCAGCUUUCGUCAUAUUGCGUACAAAAAUAAACUAGAAACGAAAAUGGCGGACUUACUUGUAUGCCGAGCAUGCUUGGCGUGCAAAGUUCCUGUUUACAAUAUAUUACGGACUAAAUAUUGGGAGGCGCUUGAGAACAUAGCGGCUAUUUCGAUGGCUGACUGCAGCAAGCCACACGCUCUCUGUGCCCCCUGUUUGGAAACCCUGGAGAGGUGCUGCAGAUUGCAGGAGAAGUGUGCCAUCUCAGAAGGCAUCCUGAGCGGUCUCCUGCAUCAGAACCAGCUCACUGCAGACGCCAUUUAUGCAGUUGACCGACAGCAACACAACUUAGUUGACACGCUUCCAACCUUCACUCUGAAGCCUAUGAGGCCUAUUGAAAAGCUGGAAGAAAGUAGGAAUAAGAUAGGCUCCAAUACUGAGCCUUGGAGAACGCAAAAUCUUGAAAGUACGAGAGAAAAAGAUGCGCACAAUAUAAAGUCUCAUAAAAGGCAAAGUUCAGAGAAUCUAAGGAAUGAAGCCGUGACUGCGAAGCCGAUUAGAAUUGACCCUGAUAAAAUGCUAAAUCUCGAAGAUAUCAAAGAUGUCGUAGUUAAAACAGAACCUGACACAGCUUUAGAAAAUCCUGGAAACAAUAUCAUGACCUGGAUCGAGCCUAGUACAACACAAUACUUUGGAGAACCAAGUCUGUAUCAUAAUAUUAAGAAUGAGCCUGGAGUAACGCUGAGUUCUGAAUACAUGGAGCCAUUAACAAGUUAUUUUGUCAAAGAACCACACAACGAACCUGACCAAACCAUAUCUAUUGAAACAGUAAAACUUAAGGAGACGCCGUAUAUCCAAAUUGAUGCAGGAAAAUUAUUAGGAAAUGUUAAGUCUGAAGUUGACAGUGAAGACAGUAAAAGUUUCCUGGAAAUUGAUAUAGAAAUUAACCAACCUAUUGAGACUGAAUUUGCCCAAACGAGUAAAGGUAAAAACUAUAUGAAUGAUAUACUAGUUUCAAGCUCAAGUAAAAAUGUUAAAGUAAAGUGUGAGAUAGAUCGUAGAAGAAUAAAGAAGGUAUCGAGUGUUAAUUGUGAAGUGGAUAAACCAAAAACCCCAGAGCCCUCAACAGAUAACGUUUAUAACUGCAACAAAUGCCACUACCAGACCCCACACAAAAAGAGAAUAAUGUACCAUAUGAAGAAACAUUCAGGAUUCGUAAUGUGCGAUAUCUGUAACUACCAAUGUGCUACAAAAAGUAGAUUAAUCUGCCAUCUUCGAGUACACACCAAAGAGCGUCCAUACAAAUGUAAGGAAUGCAAUAAAAGAUUCACCGAAGUAUGCAGUUUGACUAAACACAUGAACGUGCAUAAAGGGGUCAAGCCUUUUAAGUGUUUGUGGUGUAACUAUGAGACUGCUAGUAAGAAUCAUUUGGACAGACAUAUCAAAAGGCACAUAGGGGAUAAGAGGUUUAAAUGUGAGCUGUGUGACUAUGCGUGUGUUCAGAGAUGGGAUUUGAAGAGACAUGCUAAAACUCAUGAGAAUGAUCAACAUCGGCCCUACAAGAGGUUAGCUCCGGUCUAUCUCAACACUGUUAGCAUAGCCAAGGAGUAAUAUAAAAUAAAACUACACGUGUUGGCAUGCAAAGACUGCAAACGUAAGGAAUUAUACCAGACAGUUGCCGAGAGUGGCAGGGCGGUAAGUAUAUUAGCCAUACUAUUUCGUUUAAGUUCUUCGCGCCAAGAAGUUUCUAUAAAUACAUAAUGUUACUAAGUAAUUUAGAAACGUAAUCAGGU